UGCGCGCGAGAAGUGAGUUUGUGCGCGCGGAGUCCAACUAAACAACAAUAUCAGAGCUGCGAGCGGUCUGUGUGUUAGUGCUGCUGCUUUCUGACCCAAAUAAUCUCCAACAAAUCUCACUUUCCCACAGAGUCCGAACAUGUGGAACCAAGGAUCAUAUGGAGAGGCCAGCAUGGGUGGUGGUUACACACAGUCGCCAGGGGGAUUUGGCUCACCUGCUGCCUCUCAAGGAGGAGACAAAAAAGGGAGGACACGCGCACAGCAGAUAGUUCCCUGCACAGUGGCACAGCUCAUGUCUGCAUCCCAGGCAGAGGAUGUAUUCAGAGUAGGCGAUGUUGAGGUUGCUCAGGUCACUAUUGUUGGAAUCAUCAGAAGCACAGAUAAAUCCAUGACUAACAUCCAGUACAAAGUGGAUGACAUGACAGGGGCCCCCAUGGAUGUGAAGCAGUGGGUUGACACAGAGGAUCCCAGUGUGGACAGUUCAGUCAUCCCUCCUAACACAUACGUCAAGGUCUCUGGCAACCUACGAUCUUUUCAGAAUAACAGGUCCUUGGUGGCAUUCAGUGUUCGGCCUUUAGAAGACAUGAAUGAGAUCACUUCGCAUAUGCUGGAGGUGGUGCAGGCUCAUAUGCUUCUCAGCAAACCACAGGCCAUGGCAGGGGGAGGAGGAAUGAACAGUAGCAUCAUGCCCAUGUCCCGCCCUGGCAUGGGUGGCAUGGGUAGUAUGGGCAUGACUGGUGGCUAUUCUGGUGCUAAUGCUAUGGCCAAUAACGGACUGAGCCCUAAUCAAAACCAGGUUUUAUCUCUGAUAAAGAGCUGCCCAGAGCCUCAGGGCAUCAGCAUACAGGAGCUGAAGCAGAGACUAAGUGGCAUGAGCGUGACUGUUAUCAGACAGGUUGUGGACUUUCUCAGCAACGAAGGACACAUUUUCUCAACUAUCGACGAGGACCACUUCAGAUCAACGGAUCAAGAGGCUUAAUGGCUAUCUAGCACCUUUUGUUGCGAAAGAAGUGUUAUGGCAUACCAUCUCUGUUGGCUCACUAGUUAUACAAACAGAUGUCCUUCACACGUUGUAUUUACUGCAAAUGCUCAUAAAAUGGUGAAGUCAGGAAGUGGUGAGUUCACUUUUAGCAGAACUACAUUUGGUGUGAAUGUAGGCAUGUUAACUGUUCAUAAAGUUUGUUUAAAAAGGAGUAAGCAUUUACAAAGUUGUUGAUAAACAAUUUUAAUAUAAAAGUACACAAUAUCUGUUCUUUAAACAUUUUCUGUUUAAAAUAAAUGGUUUUGUAAUAGUCUUUGUUUUCA